GUCUGAACAGAGAAAAAAGACAAAGGGAACUUCUACGUGUGACUCGUGAAAAUCAGGAAAUACUGAAAAGAAUUAUGGCCAGGGAACCUGAAUACAAUCACUUGAAAUGGCAGCAGGACUGGCAGGAGAAUGAACAGUUUAUGGAUAACAUUGCAAGGUAUCCCAGGGACUGGUGGGAAGUUGACCAGAGAGAAAAGGAGAAGGAAAGAGAAAAGAAGCGGAAAGAACAGCAGAAAGAAAAGAAGCAAGGGAAAAAUAAACAAGAUAAAGAAGAAAAUUCUGCUGGUGAACCACAGGAAGAACAGGAUAUGGAACAAGAGCAACAAGCUGUCGAGGACUAAACCCAUAUUUGGAUAUACCACAGACUACAUCACCAUAUAUGGUCAUUGUGUAUCUGCAUAUUAUUAAAGAAUGCUGCUGAUCACCCAAUGUCUCAGAUACCCAUACCAUAUUUGGUGAUUGGAUAAUUGAUGAACCAUAUUUGGUCAUAAUCACAUGACUUUUGUGAUACAGCAAUUCCAUAUAUGGUUUAACUUUGUAUGUUUAUUUUACAUGAUACUUGCAUAUUUAAGAGAGAGAAGGGGG